UUUGUUAGUUUCUGUUAUUCUCUUUGGUUUCACUCUUUCGCUUGUCAGACUUGCCUGAUAAGGUUAGUAUUUCUCAUGAUUCCCAUUUUUUAAUUUAUAUUUGUGAUUUUCUGGGCCAAAACGCAAUUUCAGUAACACUUCAAAAUGCAGUUGUUCAUCCAAGGAUUGACACCCUCGGUGUUAGACGUUGAUGGGCAGGAGACGAUCGCUCAGAUCAAGAACCGCCUUCUUAGUUCUGGAAAUGCUGAUGAUGAUGCGAUUCUGACAGUGUGGGUUAAUGGUGUUGCUGUAGAAGAUUCAUGCUUGGCGUCAGAAUUAGCUUCCAACCAGCUUGAUAUCACAGUAUCACUUCCCGGUGGUAAAGUCCACGGUUCCCUGGCUCGUGCUGGUAAGGUCAAAGGACAGACCCCCAAGGUCGAGAAACAGCAAAAGAAGAAGAAGAAGACUGGCCGUGCCAAGCGUAGGAUUCAGUACAACAGACGAUUUGUCAACGUUGUGCAGACAUUCGGACGCAGACGCGGACCUAACUCCAACUCAUAGACAUGUUUUGUAAAUAAAAUGCAAAUAUAACAUCUUUUUGCGCCAA